UGUUAAAGGCUGUGUUGUUUUUUUUUUUCUGAGAUAGAUUUGAAGGCAGAAAUAGAUUAACCAUUUUCAUUAUAUCACUAGUAGAGAACAGGUACUGUUGAAACUAACAGUUUUUCUGGAAAAAAGAGGUUAAGUCUUGCAAGCUGUUGAAAUGUCUGGGCUUUCAUUAGAAAGUGUGCCUGCUUUUGUUGUGGGUCAUGCUACCUAUGAAAGACGCACACCUAUGUUGUCAAGUGUGACAAGAGUUUUCAGUGAUGCUGGACUGUGUUUGGCCUCUAGAAUAGUGACCUUCUGCUUGAACAGCCAGCUUUCUGCUGCUAUGUCACAUCAGGCGUUGUGCUUUUUGCACAUUUCCGGGAGGAAUGUGCUAGCAAUUCGGCUCCUGAAUUGCUACUUGAAGUAAACUGGAUGAUGUCAGGCUUUGCUUGCAAUGCUGCUCAAGUUCCUGGAUGAAAUGUGCUUGUUCGUAUUAAAACAAUUUUAUUUCCUUAAGUAUUUCAAAACCUGCAAAUCCUACAUAAUUCUUAGAGGGCAAGUUUCCAGAAAUAGCUGUUGAGCUUGCAGGAUGGACGCUUGACAUUUUUUCCAGGAAAUCAGACUGUGGAUUUACCUUCCAUAAAUUUUAUGAAAAGAUAUGGCACUGUCUUUCUCAAUGCCUAUACGAAUUCUCCAAUUUGUUGUCCUUCGCGUGCAGCUAUGUGGAGUGGUCUUUUCACCCAUUUAACAGAAUCUUGGAAUAACUUCAAAGGUCUAGAUCCAGAUUACAUAACAUGGAUGGAUCUCAUGGAGAAGCAUGGCUACCACACACAGAAGUUUGGGAAAUUGGACUAUACUUCUGGACAUCAUUCAGUUAGUAACCGUGUGGAAGCUUGGACUAGGGAUGUUCACUUCCUGCUCCGGCAAGAAGGGAGACCCAUGGUAAAUCUUACAGGUGAUAGGAAGCGGGUUAGAGUGAUGGAAGCAGAUUGGCGGAAUACUGAUAAAGCAGUAAACUGGAUAAAGGAAGAAGCUGUUAACCUUGCUCAACCAUUUGUUCUUUACUUGGGACUAAAUUUACCACACCCAUACCCAUCACCCUAUGCAGGAGAAAAUUUUGGAUCCUCUACAUUUUUAACAUCUCCCUAUUGGCUUGAAAAGGUAACCUAUGAAGCUAUUAAAAUACCCAAGUGGUCUUCUCUCUCUGAGAUGCAUCCAGUAGACUAUUACUCAUCGUACACCAAGAAUUGCACAGGAGAGUUUACAGAGGAAGAAGUGAAAAAUAUUAGAGCAUUUUAUUAUGCUAUGUGUGCAGAAACAGAUGCCAUGCUGGGUGAGAUUAUUUCAGCUCUGGGGGAUACAGGGCUUCUUAGAAAAACAGUCGUUAUAUUCACUGCAGACCAUGGAGAACUUGCUAUGGAACAUCGUCAGUUCUACAAAAUGAGCAUGUAUGAAGGAAGUUCCCAUGUUCCUCUUUUAGUUAUGGGACCAGGUGUAAAAGAACAGCAGGAAAUACCAAAUGUAGUAUCUCUUGUGGAUAUAUAUCCUACUAUGCUUGAUAUAGCAAGCAUUCCUGUCCCACAGAACCUCAGUGGAUAUUCUCUUAUACCGCUGCUAUGUAAAAAGACUGAAAGUGAAGUGUCACCAAGAGGACCUCGGCCCUCUUGGGUGCUGAGUGAGUUCCAUGGGUGCAAUGUGAAUUCUUCUGUGUAUAUGCUGCGAACUGGCAAAUGGAAAUAUAUUGUGUACUCGGAUGGCUGUUCAGUACUGCCACAACUAUUUGAUCUCACUGCCGAUCCAGAUGAGCUAAUGAAUGUUGCCAUAAAAUUCCCACUAAUUGUACAUUCCUUGGACAAAAUACUCCGUUCUGUAGUAAACUAUCCAAAGGUUUCUUCUUCUGUUCAGGAGUAUAACAAACGACAGUUUAUCAGUUGGAAACAAAGUUUGGGUCAGAAUUACUCAAGUGUUAUUGCAAACCUUAGGUGGCAUCAAGACUGGCUAAAGGAGCAAAAAAAAUAUGAGAAUGCAAUUGACGAAUGGCUUGGGGAGUAGACGGAAACAACCUGGAUUUAAUAUGACUGCGGGUAUGAAAACAUUAUGCAUUUGUAAUAUUAUAUUGUAUUUCAAGUAUUAGAAUCAUUGUCUUAUAUAAGCUAUUGAAAGUAAAGAUUCCCAAACAGUUACUGCUUUGUGUUAGGGAGCCAAGAGCAUUUUAUAUAAUGCCAGCAUAACAAAACUAGUGUUUUACAUGUUAUUGUUCUGUAACACUUAAAUGUACACAGGAAGGAUAAUGUGUAAAUACUAAUUGAGUGUAUGGAAUAUUUAGCUGAUUACAAAAAUACAGAGUAUUAAGCAUUAAAACUCAAUAGGAAUUUCCAUUUAUAAGGACGGAGUAAAGAUUAUAAAAUCUAGUGAAGUAAGCUACCAGUUACAGUGGAAUUUGUCGGAUUGAUUAUAGGUCCACAUUAAACACACAUUC